GCGGGCGAGCCGGGAGCAAGGCGGCCAGCAAAAGAGAAGGCGCCGGGCCGGCAUGGAGGGCCAGGGGACCGGAGGGGAAGACCCGCCGGGGAAAGGUACCCCGAGGCGGGGUGGCAGCGGUGGGGGACGUCCCUCGGAGGAGGAGAGUAAGAAUAAACCCAAGCUGAAUCUACAGAUAAAAACUUUGGCAGAUGACGUGCGGGACAGAUUAACUAGUUUUAGGAAAUCUGGAGUCAAAAAGGAGAGGCUACUUAUCCAGCAUCCCAUCGACUCACCGGCCUCUAUAAAUGAAUUGCCAGUGGCACAGCCACUGUUUGAUGAACGUUCAAUGAAUUUAUCGGAAAAAGAGGUUAUGGACCUGUUUGAGAAGAUGAUGGAAGACAUGAAUCUAAAUGAAGAACGAAAAGCUCCUUUACGGAAUAAAGAUUUGACCACGAAACGUGAAAUGGUUGUCCAGUACAUUUCAGCAACUGCCAAAUCUAUAAUUGGAAGCAAAGUUCCGGGUGGCCUGAAAAACAGUAAACACGAAUGCACGCUUUCGUCACAGGAAUAUGUCCACGAAUUACGAUCGGGUAUCUCAGAAGAAAAACUUCUCAACUGCUUAGAAUCUCUGAGAGUGUCUCUGACGAGCAAUCCAGUAAGUUGGGUUAACAAUUUUGGAUAUGAAGGCCUUGGGCUUCUCCUGGAUGUCCUUGAAAAACUCCUUGAUAAGCGACAGCAAGAAAGUAUUGACAAGAAAAAUCAACAUAAGCUUAUACAGUGCCUCAAAGCCUUUAUGAAUAAUAAGGCUUGACAAAAUUUUAGGAGCUAUAACGAUUGCAGCUGAGAGGAAUAAUGGAGAACGAUUUGCUAACAUAGUGGAGGGGCUCGAAAAUCACGAAGCUCUGCAAUUACAGGUUGCCUGCAUGCAGUUCAUAAAUGCCCUCGUCACAUCUCCAGAAGAGCUUGAUUUUAGGGUACAUUUGAGAAAUGAAUUCCUGCGCUGUGGGCUAAAGAAAAUAUUACCA